GAUCGGCGCAAGCGCGGGCUCCCAUUUGCGGCCAUCCGUCACAGCCUGCUCGCUCGCCGCCGCAGCGAGCGCACCUUUCAUUUGAUUCACUAGCCACACGGCACAGUCUAUCCCUUCUUUGUUUCUAACCACCUCAGGCAUGGCGCCCGUCGAAACGGAGUACUACGACCUGCUUGGGGUUGCCCCGGAUGCUAAUGACAGCGACCUGAAGAAGGCGUAUCGCAAGCAGGCGAUCAAGUACCACCCAGACAAAAACCCGUCCCCGGAUGCAGAGAGAAGAUGCUGCAGUAAAGCAUAUCAAGUGCUCUCGGAUUCUAAUCUACGAGCGUCAUACGACAAGUAUGGUGCCAAGAUGGUGGACAAGGAGGGCGGUGUUGGCAUGGAGGAUGCAGCAGGCUUCUUCGCCAACAUCGGCGAGAUCUCUCUCAUGAAGGAAAUGACCUCCGUCGCGUCCGCGAUGAUGACAGAUGAGGAAAAGUCCGAGCUCGAGCGCGAGCUCAACGAGGGCGCGACGCCGCCCGCACCCACUCCGAGCACUCAGCCGCAAAUCCACCUGCAGCCCCCACCGCAGGCUCCAAGCCAACCGAAUCUCAGCACCCCAGCCAACGGCGCUACAUCACCCUCGCCCGUACCCUCCGCCUCGCCAGCACCCCUCGUGGGCGCGUCCUCGUCGACCUCGCUCGCAUCGCCGUCCACAGGCAACCUUCGUACACCGUCCGAGAAGGAGAAGGAGACGCACGCGAAGAGGCGACAGAAGAUGACGCCGGAGCAGAAGAAGAAGCUGCAGGAACUGGACGACGAGCGACGGAAGAACAUGGAGGAGCGCGUACGGGUGUUGACGGAGAAGCUCAAGGACCGGCUACGUCCGUUCGUCGAGGCGAAGAAGCCAGGGGACAAGGACGACUCGGAGACGCAGGCAUUCGAGGCGCGCAUGCGCAGGGAGGCGGACGACUUGAAGCUGGAGAGCUUUGGUGUUGAGCUCCUCCAUACGAUCGGCAACGUUUACAUCAUGAAGGCGACGUCAUUCUUGAAGUCGAAGAAGUUCCUCGGAAUCCCUGGAUUCUUCUCGCGACUAAAGGAAAAGGGUGCAAUGGCCAAGGACGCGUGGGGUGUGAUCGGUAGCGCCAUCGGCGUGCAACAAGUCAUGCAGGAGAUGGAGAAGCUCCAAGCGAAAGGCGAGAUUCCGGAAGACGAGCUCCGCGCACUCGAGGAGGACGUCACCGGCAAGAUCAUGUUAGCCUCAUGGCGAGGGACGCGUUUCGAGGUCGUCCAGGUGUUGCGGGAAGUUGCAGACAACGUAUUGAAGGACCCGGAAGCUUCUGAUCAGGUUCUAUACAACCGCGCUCGGGGUCUUUUGCUUAUUGGUGCCAUCUUCAAGUCAACACAGCCGGAUGAGUCGGAUGCGGAGCGACGCGAGCUCGAGCGGAUGGUCGCGGAGGCUGCGUCAGGCAAGUCGAAACACCAACAUCUGCGUCAAGCACGGGCCAAGCAGCAGCGGCACCAGCCGCAUGUCCAUGAUGAGAAGGGCCCCGCGCCGCAGCAGUCGAGCGCUGCAUGAGUUCCAGGGUCUCGAGGUGUCUUCAUAAUGCUUUUCAGUCGCGGUUAGGGUCGCAUGCUAAUGAGGUUUACAUGGUAUGAUAUGUUACGGUCGAGUGCGGCCGGAGGAUGCUCGGAGCGGGUGUUUCGCAGGUGAUACUGGGACAUACUCUACACGGUGGUGUAUAUGCUUUGCAGGGACGCGCUUGUCGGUAUAUGUAUCGAUCUUUCUAGUGCUGAUGUUCGCUAUGGAUAGAUUGCUUUCUGCAGUUACGCAUAUGCCACGAUGCUGGUGGACUGGUGGAUGCCCACCAUGAUCGGCAAUAUAAUACCCUUACGUCGUUGCUCUGGCUACUUUUUACACGCCUCUACUUUGCCUC